AUGACCCAUGCUCUUUCUGUCUUGGGACCGCCAUUAGUGCACGCAGAGCAGCGCUGUCGUUCCAUAAGCAAAUGCGAGGUGUCGAGCCUCGUGGACGGACUGGUGACGCUUCUCGCUUCCCACUACACCACAGACGACGAAAACCUGAAUGCAGUCAGCGCAGCUGUGAUAUCUGAAGAGGUAUUCUACGAGCCAAAAUUCUCCAUCCACAGGAGUGCAUCCAAAAGUGACCACGAGGUGAGGUGUCGACUGGGAAUGUCUGCUGUUUGGCCCGACUGCGGCGGAACCUACCCCACGGCGAAGAUUCUGCUGAGUUCCUGGCACGCGCCCUCCAAACCCUGUCUCUUAUACACAUCUAGAUGUGUAUAA